AUGAAAGUUGUAUCCUAUAACUAUCGUGUAAAACAUGUUAAGGAUAUAGAAACACCGACAUACACAAUAUUGACAAAUAACAUAACACCGGAAUAUAUUAAUUUAGAACUUUUAAGAAAAAUAGAUAAAAAAUUUAUAAUAAAUUGCUCAUUACAUGAAAUUUAUAAUAACCUAGAUGUUUUUGAAAAAGCAAAGGAAUAUUUUUCAUCCAAUAAAACAAAUGAAGUAUCUGGACAUUAUUUACAUCAAUUUUGUGAUUUCCAAGAUAGCUAUAGAUAUUUAAAUAUACGAAACGUUUUAGUAGAUGAUUAUAAUAUAAAUAUACAUAAAUCUAUUAGUUUAAAAUAUGAUAAUUCUACGGCUGUAUUUUCUAUAGACGAUUAUAUGAAAUGUUUAAAAAUAUUUGAACCUGACAUUUUUUGUAUCCCGUGUGAAGAAAUAAAAAUAAAUGAACAAGUUGGUAAAAAAAAAAAAAUUAGGAUAAUAAAUCUAAUGAAUGAAUUCUUAGAAAAAGUACAAAUUAUAAAAAAUACAAAUUUAUCUAAUUCUUUAUGUAUUUUAUCAAUACCAUGUACAGUAGAUAUUGAUACUGUAAUUACAGAAAUAAUAAAUAAAUAUGAUUCUAUUAUUGAUGGUAUAUUAUUAAGUGGAUUAGGAUAUGACGAAUCAAAUGAAACUCGUACUAAUGCUUUCAAAAAUAUUUUAAAUUUAUUACCAAAUAAUAAAUUAAAAUUUAUACAACUCAGUAAUGGGAACCCUAUAGAAAUUUUACACGCCAUUUAUCAUGGGAUAGAUGUUAUAGAACCUAAUUUCCCAUAUUAUUUGGCAAAAAACGGAAAAGCUAUAAAUAUGAAUAUAAAAAUAGAUAAUUUACAAGACGGAAAUGAAUAUAAUCUACAAAAUAAAAAUAAUGAUAAUAUAUAUGAUAUUAAUCUUUUAGAUUUUAAAAACGAUGUUAAUCUUAUUAUUGAUCUGAAUAAUCCCAAAUAUGUUUUGGAUCACUCUACUAUAACAUACAAUUCUCCAAGAAAAGAAUCCAAAUCAUACAUACACCAUUUAUUAAAAUGUCAUGAAUUAACAGCACAUGUUAUACUAACCUAUCAUAAUUUAUAUAUCUACAGAUCAUUUUUUCAGGAAAUUCAAUUACAUAUUAAAGAAAAUAACUUUUUAUCUUAUAUUAAUUGGUUUAUAGAAAAGAAUGAACUUCAUAAAAAAGAGGAGUAA